CAUAAACAUUACACAUAAGUUAUAGUGGUUUAGUAGCUGUAAACUGCAAAGAUGACCGUGACACUUGAAUGGGAAAGAGUGGACAGGAUUAACCCACAGACCCUCCAUGAACUUGAGAAAGAACAGAUGGAGGAGCUUGUUGCUAUGUUUGCUGAGACGGAGGAUUGGCAGGUGACAGACAAAGCACCAAAGAAGGUCACACAUGUUCUGCAAGUGCUCCAGGCUCUGCUCAAGAUCAAGGACAGAGAGGUCACUGUGUCUGUCAAGUUCAUGGAGAACAUGGUCGAGGAACACGCCAAAGUUGAAAAUGAGCUAAAGGAUGAAAUCAAAAGACUGGAAACAGAGUCUAGGUUCCUGAGAGCAGCUCCAGGCACAGACGGCAGGUUCCUGGUACAGUUAGGACAACUGGAGUCUCAGCUGGAGCAGAGUCAAAGAGAGGCCACAGAGCUGAAGAAAGACAUGGGGAAAGAACGAGAACUCAGACAAGAGAUGAAAGCUCGAGUGGAGGAAGCUGAGGCCGAGGUCCUGCGGCUAAAACGAGCGAAUGAGCAGCUGAUCCAGGACGUAGAGUAUUACAGAGCUGAACUCGAUUCCAAAGAGCCGGUGUCUGGUCGAGAUGAGAGCGCAGAGAUCCAGAAGAAACUGAACCAGGCAAACAGGCAGCUGUACCAGUGUCUGGAGGACCUGCAGCGGACAGAGGAUGAGAAUGCAGAUCUGAAGUUGCAGAACGAGCAGCUGCAGAAGAGUCUGGAAGAGUCUGUGCUGGAGAUGGACAAAAUGGCUGACGAGUACAACAGGAUGAAGAUCGUGGUUCAACAGAGCGACACAGUCAUGGACCAGCUCCGGAGGGACAGGGACCAUGCCAAGAUACAGGUGCGAGAGCUGAUGGAGAAGAUCCAGAACAUGGCGGAGGAGGAGGACCCCAUCAUGGCCGCCGUCAACGCCAAAGUUCAAGAGUGGAAGGCCGUUUUGUCAACGAAGGACGAUGAGAUCCUGGUGUAUCAACAGAUGAUCCAAGAGCUCAGAGAGAAACUGCGGUCGGCUCAGAUAGACCUGGACAAGAACAACAUUAUGGCUCUGCAGCAGGCAGUGCAGGACAGAGACUCUCAGAUCCAGGUGUUGACUGAGCAGAUGCAGCUUUACACUGGAGAGAUGGAGAAACACACACAGCUGAUCGAAGAGCUCAAGACCUCCACCAGGACCGACAAAGGUUUCCCAUCGAUGAUACAGCAGAGGAAAAUGGAUGAGCUCAAAUCUAAACUGGAAGAGACAGAGACCAGAGCGACAGAGGCCGAACAAGCUCUGAAAGUGUCUGAGAGUCACGCCGAGGAGAGGGACAAGGAGCUUAUCGACGCCAACAACCGACUCAAGCAAUACGAGGCUGGCACUUAUGGGUUGGAGGCAGCCAUUGCAGAGAUCAAAGAAUGUAAAAAUGUAAUUAGGACGAAGGAUUUGGAGGCCGAAGCUAUGACCAAAGAAAUUAACCAACUGGACAUGAGAAUCAACGACCUCCUGGAUGAAAACGAGUAUUUCCGCGAAAAACUGGGACUGGAGCCCAAACAGGAAGUAGAUUUGACCACGUUCAGACGAGCCAAAGACGUACGGCAGCGUCAGUACCGCGCAGAGAACCAGAUCCUUACCAAAGAGAUCGAGCGUCUGGAAGAGGAAAGACUGGAGCUGAAGAAACAGAUCCGCCGUCUGGUCAAAGAGAGAGGACAGUCCGGCCUGCCUGUGGAUGAGGACCCAGGGCCCAGCCGAUCUCUCAGAGCCACUGGACCUCUAGAGGAGGAGGUCAGACGGAAGAUGGAUUACUUGGAGAGACAAAUGAGAAACAAAGAACGAGAGCUGGACCUGCAGAAAACUCAGUAUGAGGCCAAAUUGGAGGAGCAAGGCAGGGUUCGCUCUGACCUGGAGGGGGCGCUCAAAGAUGUGCUUCAGUUCUUAAAGAUCAGUGAAGGCUCUCCCUCUGAAGCAGCUUUGUUAAAGAUCCCUGCACUGGAGAAACUCACCAAGUCCUCAGAUUUGAAGAGCACAGACUCCCUUCUUCAGUCUCACCUCCAUCAGCUGAUCGGCCGAAACGAGGAGCUGCGACUGGAACUGAAGACGGCCAGAGAGGAGGCCACCAAUGCCAUCGGACAACUGGCCACUGCUAAGGAGAAGGUGUCGCAGUUGCAGAGUGAAAUGGAGCUUUUGAGAAAGUCCUGUCCCGGUUCAGUUCUGAGACCGAUCCCUCUGCCCCAAGACCUGGAUCUGAGCAGCACCGAGGUCAUCAGCUCUCUCAACGAGUAUGCCGUCAGAUUACUGCAGGAGCUGAGGAACCAGGAGGAGCUGACCAACAAACUGGGCUCCACUUUAGAGGAAUAUAAAGAGAAGUUUGCAGUGAUCAGCCACCAGCAAGGCCUGCUCUACAAGGAAUACCUCAGUGAGAAGUCUGUGUGGGAGAAAGAGAAGGAGACAUUCACUGAGACAAAGAGCAGAUUGGAGGAGCAGCAGCAGGUGGACGCCCUCGUUGUAAAAAAGUACCAUGAGCUGUUGGACACUUUGGACAAAGGCCCAGAGGAGGUGAGGAGGCAGCUGAGUGAAGCCCUUAGGAAGCUAACUGUGCUCCAAGUGAACGAGAAGAAGCUAACGCGACGCUACACCACAACGCUAGAGCAGGAACAACACCUGAGGAAGGAGAACGGGAGACUGAAAGAGGAGAGCACUGCGAUGCAGACCACCGUCACCCAAAGGAUCGGCUACCUACAGAGAUACAAGGACAUGGCGGCCUACAGGAUCUCGGCCCUACAGAAAGCCUUAGACCAGAGCGUUCCUCUGUCGGAGCUGGAGAAGGCAAACACACAGUUCACUGAGCUCACAGUCAAAUACAGAGACCUUCUACAGAGAGACAGCAGACUGGUGCAGAGGACCACCAAACUGGAACAGCUACAGAGUGAGAACGCAUCUCUCCAGGAGCAGGUCUCGGCUGUGACCAAAGAACUGGAGAUCACCAAAGAAAAACUCAACACUCUGGAGCAGGCCUGGAAGAACAGCGGCAAUGGAGGUGAAAGUAACACUCUAGCCAAAGCAGGAAAGGCUCAGCUGAACAGUGAGAUAGUUUCAGCCGCGAGACACAUCACGACUCUGGAGAUGAAGGAGCUGAAUGAACGCCAGAGAGCAGACCACGCCCAACGCAUGUAUGACCAUAUAAGGAGUUCCCUCACCCAGGUGGAGGAGAGAAACGCAGAGCUCGAGGCCAAGUUCACAGAGCUGACAAAGAUGAACGUGGAUUUGCAGAGUCUGGAGCGUGAGUUGAGAGACGAGCUGUCGAAUUGUGUGAGUAAAUCUGUUAGCGAUGCCGACCGGGCCCGAAUCAACGAACUGGAGAAGACUGAAGCUCUGCUGAGAGAAGAAGUCACCAAGCUGCAGGAGGUGUCAGAUGUGGCCAUGCUGCAGGCCUCAGCUCUUGAGUCCAAACAUCAGAGUAAAGAGAGAGAGCUGGAGUCCCUCAGGAGACAGAUACUAGACCUGCAGUCCCAGUCUGAUGAGAAGUCCCUGAUCGCCACACUGCACCAGCACAUCAUGUCUCUGCAGGUCAGUGAAGCGUCUGCUCUGGGCCGGCUGCGCUCUGCUCUCUCCUCUGUGCAAAAGCUGGAGGUCCAGAGGCUCCGGGCCGAACAGAAGCAGGAACAGAGUGACCAUGCCCUCUUCCUCGCUCGACAAGAAGCUCGAAACCGCUGCCGUCACCUUCGUCAGACGGUGCAGUCUCUCAGGAGGCAGUUCUCUGGAGCUCUGCCUCUCAAACAGCAGGAGAAGUUUGCUGUGGCCCUGGUCCAGAUGCAGGAGGAGCGAGGGAGGGCAACGGACGAGAGAAGACAGGCAGAAGAGGAGAGGAGGAGAGCGGAGAGCAAAGCAAAGGAGCUGGAGCUGAGGAUGAGGGGCCUGGAGGAGUUGAUCGCUACACUAAAGGAUGCUAAAGGGGCUCAGAAGGUGAUGGAGUGGCAGCGGCGCAUGGAGGAGGCUCGGCUACAGGAAAUGAGGAGGAGCCGUGAGCUGUUGGUCCAAAAAGAGGAGACGGUUUUUCUGAAGAGACUGGUCCAGGAGCAGGAGAGGAAUAUACAGAGACUGGAGGAGGACAUGGUGCAGCAAAACACACUCCUGGAGGAGAGGCAGCUGGUCUGGGAUCAGAGAGAACUGGAGCUGGAGAGACAACUCGACCAGUAUGAAAAACACCAAGAUGAACUGCUCAGCAACACUCAGAAGAUUGAAGACAGCGGUUUCCUCCCUGACCCCUCUUUGCCUCUGGGUCAUCAGUUGGAUUUUUCUCUGGAGAAAAUUAGAGAACAUUUAAAAACUAUUAAGGACCUCCAGGCCACCUGCAAGAAUUUGGACGAGAAACUGAAAGAGAAGGAGUCGGCCUUGUGGAGGUCUGAGCAGAACCUGAUCUCCAGAGACCGGGUCAUAAACGAGCUGCGUCUGAGACUCCCUGCCACAGCCCAAAGAGAGAGGCUCCUGGCAGAACUGAAUCAGAACCAAGACCGGACCAAAGACCAAGACCAGACCGGACUAAAGCUGGCCCAGCAGGCCAUCCGAGACCUGCAGGGGCGACUCGAUAAGAAGGAGGAGGUUGUCAAGAAGUACCAGAAGCAGCUGGGGGAGGCGCGGCAGGAGCAGGAGGAGAUGAUAAAGAAACACCUGGAUGAACUCAGAGCUCUUCAUGAGAAACUGGACUCACAGACCGACAGCUCCGUGGACCAGCUCAAACUCACUGCUUUGGAACUGAUAAAGAAACCGGCGUUGAAAGUACCGAGCUCUAAACACUUGGAGCGUUUGUCUGAACUGGAGCUGACGGUGUCGGAGCUGGAGCUGAGCCUGUCGAGCAUCACAGAUCAGCUGAGGCUCAGAUCUGCGGAGGCGGAGAGAGCCCAGAGAGAACUACAGAGUGAAGGGCAGAGGCACGAGGAGGAGAGACACAGGCUGGAGGAGCAUUACACUGCGCAGGUGAAAGCUCUAACCAAUGAGUUGGAAGAACAGAGGAGUCACAUGACACAGAUUGAGCUAGACCUGGUCCAAGUUCAGACCGAGCUCCAGGUCCAGAGAGAGGCCAAUGCCCGGUCUCCUAGCAACAGCCUUAAGAGUUUAGUCGACCGGCUUAAAGGGCAGCUCGCUCAGAAGGAUAAACAGCUCAAGAGUCUGGGUCGAGCACUGCUGGCGAUGAGGGCGGAGCUCACCUCUGCCGCUGAACAGCAGGUGAUCUCUGCAGCCGCUCAGAAAGAACAAGGUCUGAACGUCCAACAGCUCAUCGACCGCCACACUAAGGACCUCAAGUCCCAGGUGCAGGAUCUGACUGAGGAGCUGCAGGUGCUGAAGGACAAUCUGAAAUCUUCCAGAAACCGUGAGUCCAGCCUGAAGGAGGAAGUGGAGAGUCUGAACCAGGAAGUACAAAGGAGCCAGAAGACUCAGAGGAGACUGGAGAAGGAGAAAGAGGAGAGAGAGAGGGAGGUGAAGGAGUUAAAACAACAGGUCAAACGCCUCAGCAACGCACUGCAGAAUCAGCCUGAGAGUGACAGUAAAGGCCAAACCAUUGAAAAUCUGCAGAAGAAAAUCAGGAAGCUGGAAUCAGAACUGGACAAAGGAGACACUAAACCAGUGAAAGACGAUUCUGGAAAGCCCAAAGAAGAGGUGAUCCGAUGGGAGGAGGGCAAGAAGUGGAAAACUAAACUGGAAAAAGUAAAAAUGACUUUAAAAGAAAAAGAACGAGAAAACGAGAGUCUGACCAAACAGAUGAACACUCUGAAAGAUCUGUACUCCAGGCUGGAGCAGGAGAAGGCGUCUCUGCUGAAGAAGCUGAAGUCCAGAGGAGUGACUGUGGACCAUGUGGUGUCCGUUCGAACAGAGGAGAGAGAGACAGAGCUGCAGGAGCUGAGGGGGAGGAACAGAGAUCUGGAGGGACAGAUCAACAACAUCAAGGAACAGCAGGCGUUAACACGGGACGAGGCGAUGGAGAUGCUGACUCAGAGGAACCAGAUUCUAGAGGAAAGAGUCCAGAUUUUAGAGACACAGCUCAAAGACUCACUAUCCAGACCCUCGACUUCUGGUCGCGGCACAGGCACCCCCUCCCAGAGAGACCAGGACAUCUACAAAGAAAACCUCAAACUGGCCUCUGAGAACCUGGAGCUGAAGUUUCAAGUGGAGCAGACCAAGAAAGACGUCCCUCGUCUCAAAGACCAGGUGGCAUAUCUGAAGGAGAUGUGCAACGCUCUGAAAAAAGACAAAGCUGAAGUGGAGAAGAGACUGGCCCACGUCAGAGGAGGUGGCGGAUCGAGCGGUAAAACGGUCCCUGAGUUGGAGAAGACGAUCGGUUUGAUGAAGAAAGUCGUGGAGCGAGUUCAGAGAGAGAACGAGAACUUAAAGAAAAACUCGUCUUCAUCUGAAUCAGACCAGAACAAGAUCAGAGCGCUGGAAAAACAGUGCCACAAACUCAAGGAGGAGUGUGAGAAGCAGAGGGCCGACAGUGAAGCUCAGCUCGUGUCUAAACUCGAGGCUAAAACCAAAGGCCUGGAGAAGAUUGUCAUGGAGAACGAACGACUCAGGAGAGAGAACAAGAGGGAGGCAGAGGCGUCCGAGCGUCUGAGAGCGACACAGAAAACUUUGGAGGUGACGGUAGAGAGACUGGAGUCGGAUCUGGAGGAGACCAAAACCAGGCUGAGAUCCGCCCUGAACCGGACAUUAGCCGAAGGAGACCAGGGCAAGACCAAGACUUCAGUCCUCAACAGGAUGUUUGAGAAAAAGAUGCAGGAGCUGGAGAAGGAGUUAUCGGAGAAGUCGGCCGUUUUGUCUGAACUUAAAGUGAAAGUGAAAGAGUCUAAGGAGCGCGAGGAGGAGACGCAGAGACAUGUGAGGAGACUGGAGGACCAGGUGGAGCUGUUGAAGAGUUUUCCCUCUGGAGCAAAGAGCGACUCUGGACUCAUGAAGGAGUUUCAGGCUCUCAGGUUAAUAAACUCUGAGCUGCAAAAUGAGAUUUCUGAACUGAAACAACAGAUCUCAAGUGACAAGAAGGAAACGGAGAAAUCCACCAAAGACGAAUUGUUGAAGUUGGAAUCCCGUCUGGAGCGUUCCGAGUCGGAGCGUGCACAGCUGCAGACGGAGGUGCAGAAGCUGAGGAACGAGCUGGCGACCUUUGACCCCGCGUUUUUCGAAGAGAUCGAGGACUUAAAAUACAACUACAAUGUGGAACUCAAGAAGAACAUCCUACUGGAGGAACAGCUCAAGAAAGUGUGUCAGCAAUUUGGCGCCGACUUGCCCAACGUGUCCAUCAGCUAGGGAGGAAACCAUAGCAACAACGUCACU